AUGGAUUCUACGAAUCCAUAUAGUCAGUCCAGCAAUUUUGUUGACCUUUUGAACAGUCAACAAGAUUCAUUCCUUCCUGAACAGUCACCAACCUCCAUUCCUUCCUGUCCCUAUGCGAGUAUCUCGCAUGGUGGUGAGCUCCGAUCAUCACAGCUCCAUGUGUUCAGUACUCAAUGUACUGAACCUUCAAGCUUCUGUGAAGACUCACCUACAGAGCGGAGGGAAAGAAAGAAGUGGACAGUCACAGAUGAUCUAGUGCUCAUUAGCGCAUGGUUAAACACUAGCAAGGACCCUGUGAUUGGGAACGAGAAGAAAGCGGUGAAACAAGAGGUGAAACAAGCAGCCAUCCAAUGUAAGCAAAGGUGGCAGAAGAUGAACGAUCUUGUAUCCAAGUUUUGUGGAGCCUAUGCGGCUGCAACAAGACAGAGAACAAGUGGUCAGAACGAGGCUGAUACUUUAAAACUGGCACACAAAAUCUUCUACAACGAUCAGAAGAUUAAAUUUAAUCUUCACCAUGCUUGGGAGGAGCUGAGGAAUGACCAGAAAUGGUGUGAAGUUGCUAGUAGCAGGCGCGAUGUAAGUGGUAAGAAGAGAAAGUGUGAUGAUGGAGCACAAUCAGAAAGCUCUCAAGCAACUUCCAACCUCGGUGAUGAACCAACUAACCGACCUCCUGGCGUUAAGGCAGCCAAAAGAGCCUCUGGUAAGAGAAGCAUCGCAGAUAGCCUGUCUGCCUCUGAGUAUUAG